GGUUGCCGUCUUCGCAAUAACCCAGCAACUAUCAUAUUCUCAGGACGAGAAGCCCUCUUGGAUUUCGAUUAUCGAAAUGAGUGGAAGUGAUUCCCCAUCAGAGAAUGAAACGGCGAGUAGGCCAGCUAUUCGUUGCGGUAACCGCUCUGAACAAUGUGAGCGGCAAGGUCCUUUAGUAGAGUCGCAGAGUAGCCCCAAUGCGUCUUUACCACUGCGAGACCUGCUGUUGCCAAGCGCAAGCGUUAUUGGUGCACUCUCAACCCUGUCCGUGGAACAAAUAUCACAAAUAGAGGCCACUCUAAGACGCGUGAAGUUGGGAAAAAUUCAGUCGGCGGACGAAAUUGGCUCGGCGAGCGGUACAUCCUCAAGGCCGAAUGCGAACCAUCAGCCCACUCAGAAACCGCAAAACCAGACGAACGAUAUGGGACAGUUCCUGUCUGUUAUACGACCCAUUCAUAGCAAGAUCCCUCCUGCGGCUGCACCCACUGUCAAAUUUAUGGCUGGCGUGCCUUGGCUCAACUUUACGUACUCGACAAAGAGCGGAAGCACGUCCUAUACAAUUCGGGUAGAUAUUGAUGCCGUGGAUAUGACCGGCAUAUCAUCAGAGCUUCGAGUCGCCAAUUGCCUUUACCCUAGCGCGGAUGGACCAAAGGAGCAGUACAACGGCACUCGUCGCGAAUAUGAGCGCGAGUGUAACGAGCAAGGGUGGAAACUCGUGCUUCUGAAUCCCACACAAUUAGACGGCAAGAGAGGCGUUCUGCAGCGUGCAGUGGUUUGUCUACGAAACGUUAAUGCGGAGCAAAAGUCUCGGAGAGCGAGGAGACAGGAGCUGGCAGUUCAGAGAUCCCUGAAGUCACCAGUCCAGAGACAAGUCAUGGCGAUACCGAGAUUACCUGGAUCCAAGCACGUGGGUCAGCCAUGCCGCCCGAGAACUGGCACUCAGGCUAGCCUAGCUAGGUCAAUUACCUGGCAGCCCGUGCAGGUGUCCACAACGGCACAAGCUGGCCAGCGAUCGUUUGCCCCGAGCUCAACUCCUGGCUCUGCUCUUUACGGUUUAUUUUCAGAGAGUUCGCUGACUCAGCGACAUGGUCUUUCGUCAAUGCGUGGCCGGCCGUCGUCACAACAGCUUCCUAGUGUGGGUGUAUUCCGUCCUUCAACGUCCUAUCCUCAUAGCGCUGACGAUCCUGGGCAGUUUUUGUUGUUUGAUGGGUAUGUAGAGGGUCAGAUGAAACGACUUUGCAUUCGCCAUAGCAUUGAUCAUAUUCGGGUGGAGGACCUCCCCUUUGGUUUCAAAAAAACGAACUGUGUCUAUCCGCGUUCGUUCUUGGUGGAAGAAGGUGAUCCCCAGCAUUGGAAACCUGGUGGCGUCCGACAAGCGGAGGAAUCGUAUCUGAAUGAGAUCGGAUGGAAGCUGUGUGCAGUCAACCAGGCUUUACUAGACGGGAAGCGUCUUCUACUGCAGCAGGCACUGGACGCGUACAGAAAGCGCUUCCUCCCUUCGACCUGCCAGCCUCGUGCAAGGGUCGGCCCAUCCAUCUUAACUGGAAGGACAUUUGAAUCCAGUUUAGAGCCUGAGGGCUUCAGCAGACCCAACCACUUCCACCAUAAUCACCAUAAUCAUCAUUGCCACCGAAGGCAACAGCAAAGACGCGUUCAUUUUGAGGCACAGGAUUCCUUCAAACGAAAGCCCCUCAGCAGACGAUCUAGCCGCUCGGGGCAUACAGACAACUUGAUGUCUGAACACAAUCCCGAUAUCGAAGACAGGGAGGACGAGGAUGAAGAGGAGGAGGACGUAGAUAGUGAAGCUGAGUCCUCAGAGGACGAAUCUGAGGAUGGGUCAUCUUCUGAGGGUGGAUUUCAUUCACAAUUGUCUUUGUUGUCGUUCACAGGAAGCAUUAGUACCUACAGCCUAGGCACUGGAUCAGGCUCAGCGAGAAGCCGGCCGCGUAUCACUCCCACGCCGCCCAAACACAUAUCGGCACCGCGCCCCCUCAUAUCUUCCUCUACGUCCUCGUCAUCUGCGAAACGGUCAGUCGCUGGGCCUUCUUCGUCUACGGAGCAAAAGGAACGAUCUCGACGCCUGAAAAGGAGACGGUAUCACCAUUCAGGAGACCAAGAUAAUGAAGACGAGGAGAGUCAAGAGAGGGAUGAAUCGAUGGAGAAACAUGGUGAAGACACGAGCGAGAAAGAGGACGAGGAGAACAUGGAAGCAGAUCUCACACUAGAACAGAACGCGGACGAGGAUGAAGAUGAUUGGUGGAUGUCGCGACUCAAGAACAGCGAGUAUCCAGAGGACCACGACUUUGUGAGCAUGACGACUGAAGAGCUUAUCAAUGCUCUGACCAGUGGGUACAACAGCGAUGUUGAGGAUGAGGACGAAGUCGGGGAGGACGAGGAUGAGGCGUUGUGGUGUUAAACAAAGUAAAAUAGAAUAAAACAAAGACGUGUACAGUAUUCCCUCUUUCGGCCAUAGAUGGAGCGCAAGGGCGCAUAGGAG